GUUGACGCGUAUUCAAAUCGAGGCUACACUCUUGUAUAACUCGCGUAUAACUCUCGUGUAACACAUAUCAAGAGCUCCCGAGUCAAGCAUGAAGGUGUUACUUGUUGUUACGAACCAUGACCAGCUUGGAAACACCGGCAAGAAGACCGGGUGGUAUCUACCGGAAGUGGCUCACCCAUAUCACGUGUUCAAGACGGCUGGACAUGACAUCGUGUUUGUCAGCCCCAAUGGUGGCAAGGCACCCAUGGACCCCGGCAGUUACGAAUCAAGCAAAGAUGACCUUGUUUGCAACAACUUACUGGAAGAUAAAAAUAUCAUGUCCCAACUGGAUAAUACUAAAUCUCCUCCCCAGGUGAAUGCAAGCGAUUUCAAGGUUAUAUUUUACGCUGGUGGUCACGGCCCGAUGUUUGACCUCCCUGAAUGUGCAGCUCUGGGGAAGCUAGGGGCGCAGAUCUACCAGAGCGGAGGCAUAGUGAGUGCUGUGUGCCACGGAACCGUCGGGCUAAUUCCAAUACAGCUGGACAACGGGGACUGCAUCCUGAAGGGCCAGACAGUGACAAGCUUCACCAAUGCUGAGGAGGCCGCGGUCAACCUGACAGAGGCUAUGCCGUUUCCAUUGGAGACCAGGUUGAAAGAAAGUGGGGCUAAGUUUGUUGGAGGGGCCAAUUUCGCUUCAAACGUUCAGGUGAGCGGAAGAAUAGUGACAGGUCAGAACCCAGCCUCGGCCUCGCCCACUGCUGAAGCCGUCAUCAAAUUACUUAGCUAACACGGGCGGGACGCCGCCCCGGAGGGAGAUGUACCAAACGUCAGCUAUGACAACCCCCAUCAUAUGCUAAUCCGCGAUGAAGUUAUUAGUAAUUAAUGUCAUUCCUCACGCUCAAAGCGGCUUUCGGCUAUAAGGAGUUCUUGACACAAAGAAAUCUUUGGAAUCACUUUUUCAUUUUGACUUUUUUUCUUUGACCAACAAAUAUAGAUGUCCGGACUAGCGACUCGUUGGUG